CUCUGAUUCGAAAACUAAUACUGAUGUUCCAUAUUUUGCGGAGUCCAAUGUAUCUAGUCGCCCGGCUCGUAAGCGGUGCCUAUCUAAGAAGUUAAAUGACUAUGUUCUGUACUAGAGUGAUUUGCGCAUUUUGGGGCAUAAUAAUCCCCAAAAAUCCCUGUGACUGUUGUAGUAUUAUUCAGACCUAGAUUCACUUAAGUGCAGGGGCAUAAUAAUCCCCUUAAAACCGGAGGGCAGUGUACCCUAUGAUGGUUUUACAUUUUGGAGGAAAAGGAAAGUGGUAGCGCCAGACUGUGUUGUAUUUACAUACAUUCGGAACUUUGCCUGUUUCGGACUUAAUGAUGUAUUUCUCUCCCCUUAUCUGUACUAUGCCAUUUGUUCAUAUUAAAUCACGUGUUUGAUUAUACACUUGUGUGUCGAUCUACAUUCAUUUUACUGGCGCAGCAACUCUCUGAUCUACCAGGCAGUUAAGAAAACAAUGUACUCCACUGAAAGUUUGGUACACAGGAAAAAGCAAUCACGAUGUCUAUUGAUCAGUGCAGCGAUUGGCUGCGUUGUGACAUUUGUUAUUGGUAUUUUGAUUGGUCGGUUUGCCACUUGCCCUGAUGAGUCAGUAGAAGAAAAACCCGGAUUGUAUUUACCAGGAGUGUCAGAAGCGCUGGUCAGUGAUGGCGAUCCAACAAUUGCACAGGAACUCAUGAACAGCAUCAGCAACGACAGGAUUCGAAAAAAUUUAAGAAUGUUAACAGAGCACCCGCAUUUGGCAGGAACUGAGGAAAACUUAAAUUUGGCAAUGGAACUAAAAAAACAUUGGGAAGAUGUCGGCGUAGACCAUGUGACACUGACCCCCUACCGAGUUUUAUUAUCAUACCCUAAUAUGUCUGAUUUAAACUAUGUAGAACUGCUAAAUGAAAACAAUGUGACAAAGUAUAAAUCCAAUUUAACAGAACCUGUUCUGACACCUGAAGAAAAUAAACCGGGCGUUGUUCCUCCAUUCAACGCAUACUCGGCACCUGGAGAUAUAUAUGGUGAAGUUGUAUAUGUUAAUUACGGACGUGUCGAAGACUACAUUUACCUUGAGCAAAACAAGAGCAUCAACAUCACUGGUAAAAUUGUGCUUGCAAGAUACGGGAAAAUAUUCAGAGGUGACAAAGUUCAUUUGGCAGAACUGAGAGGAGCUACAGCUGUCAUAUUAUUUUCUGAUCCGGAAGAUGUGACAGAUGGAGAUGUAAAUCAAGUGUAUCCCAAAGAUUGGUGGCUUCCACCCUCUGGUACACAGCGUGGUACAGUCUACAUAGGUGACGGAGAUCCGUUGUCACCUGGCUAUCCGGCCAUUGAAACUGCGUACAGGAAAAAACUAUCGCCCGAUUGGUACCUGCCGGCGAUCCCUUGUCACCCAAUCGGGUAUGGCAUAGCUAUAAAUCUGAUGAGAAAUCUUGGAGGUGAUGUUGUUCCACGAGCCUGGCAAGGAGGGAUGAAUGUUACAUACAAAUUUGGAGAUGGUUUUCAGACUCCGGGAUGGCGAGCACAUGUUAAAGUAUCUACAAGCAACAGAAAUGUGACAAUAUACAACGCUAUUGGAAUCAUCAGAGGAUCAGUAGAACCGGAUCGAUACAUUUUGAUUGGAAACCACAGGGAUGCAUGGGUUUUUGGUGCACUAGAUCCUUCCAGCGGCACCGCUAUUAUGAUGGAAAUUUCAAGGGCCAUGGGUCAGCUUGUCAAAUCAGGGAGGUGGCGUCCGAGGCGAUCUAUCAUAUUUUGUAGUUGGGGAGCGGAGGAGUAUGGACUUGUAGGGUCUACAGAAUGGGUCGAGCAUUACACUAAAAGUCUUGGUGCUCGAGCAAUUGCUUACUUGAAUGUAGAUAUUGCUGUUCAAGGUAACUUUACAUUUCGUGCUCUGGGCACACCAAUGAUCUUCAAAUCUUUGUAUGACGCCACGAAGAAAGUACCAAAUCCUAAUGCUACGGAAGUGUCUGAAGGCCGUACCAGCGUCUAUGACACUUGGAAAAUGACUACACCAUCUGCAGAAUUUGAUAGACCACGUAUAACUCUCCCAGGUUCAGGUAGUGACUAUGCAACUUUCCGAGACAGAUUAGGAGUUCCUAUAGUAGACCUUCGUUACACGUGGGAUCCUCGUUACAAGUUGUCAGCGUAUCCUAUGUAUCAUUCAGCCUAUGAGACAUUUUAUCUCGUUGAUGAGAUCAUGGACAGAGGUUUCCAUUAUCAUAGAGCAAUCGGUCAGAUUUGGACGGAAAUGGCUAGAGACUUAGCAGAUAGUCUGAUUAUUCCAUUCAAUGUAUCCGACUACUCUACAGUUAUAACUUCAAUAGGUAAAACCUUCAUGGACAGCUUCAGUAAAAUAAUGACUGAUAAUGGAAUCGACAUAGGUCUGUUAGAACAAGCAAUAUCCAAUUUCACGUCAUCUGUACGGGAAUUCGAAAACCAAAUACAGAAAGCAAACCUAAAGGAUCCGUUUGUCGUCCGGCGGAUAAACGAUCAAUUGAUGCAGUUAGACAGAGCAUUUAUUGAUCCCGCUGGUCUUCCAGGUCGCAGUCUUAAAAGGCAUAUAUUAUUCGCUGAGAGCACUGUAGACAACUAUGCAGGUAGCAGAUUUCCAGGCCUAUCAGAUGCAAUUACGAAGAUACAACUUAAGGAAGAUGUUGAUAACCAAUGGGAAGUGGUCAGGAAACAUUACUCAGUUAUACUGUUUACGUUCCAAUCAGCAUCAGCAACGCUAAAAGACGUUUCCAACUUCAUGUUCUCUUACUGAUUUCACGUCAUUACAUUCAGUUAUGAAUAAACAGAGUCAAUUAUUUUGUUUAAACAAUGAACAUAUUGAAUGUGACUCACAGAUGAUUUGUCAACAACGAGUUAGCAUCAUGAUUUUCAAUCUAUUUUUAAACCGUUCAUUGCAACCGCCCGCAUAUUAUUGUGAUUCUUCAUUUUCAUGUUCUUUCAUCGCGUAAUAAAACGUUAUCGCGAAGGUGACAAUUUUUGGCUUCCAUAGAUUCAAUAUUUUACUCAUUGAAAACAUAAUUAUAUAGUAUAAUACAGGAUUUUACAUACUUGAUACUUGAUUUAUAUAUUUAAUAGAUUGACACAAAAAAAUAAAAUGACAAAUCUUAAACUCUCCGAAAGUAUACAUGUCAAGUCAAGUCAAAUAAUUUAUUGGCAAAAACAUAUACAUGUUCAUCGCCAAUUAACUAUGCGGCGGUACAAUACAAAGUACUGAAAAGUAAGAUACACACAGCAUAAAUUAUACAUACACAUAAUUUUUUUUCAGCGUACAUUAAUUCAAACAAAUGUAUUAAGUAGAUUCAAUUCUUAGUUGUAUUGCUGAAUUAACAAAUUUUGCUAAGUAAACAAUUACAUUUUUGUUGGAACAUUUCAUUAUUGAUAUGAAUUUAUUUAAAUUAGGCCAUGAGCAAUAAUAUCUAGGUAAACAUGUUUUCCUUAAGUCGUUAUAAUAUGGACAUACUAAUAAGAAGUGAUAUUCAGUUUUAAUUUUUUCAUAUUGCAUUUUGUACAGAGGAGUUGGUUUCUUUCAAUAUUUCUAUGUCUACCCUCUUCAAUAGCUAAUUUGUGCGAAGAGCACCUAAACCUUGAUAGCAUUUUACGA